GUUUAUUUUUGUAGUAGUACUCUGUAGCCUACUGAGUACUGUGAGUUAGAGCAGGGUUAACCGACGCCGGCUACUACGCCCUACAGAGUACAGCUUAGGCUAAGGGCGGACUGCGGAGAGCCAACGCCAUCAACUCCAGACAUCAACAUCCAACCUCUAAUUCCGACAACCCACCAGCAAGAUGAUAAGAAGACAGUUUCUACAAAAACAGCAUCUCGCUGUCUCUACCCCGCGACCCUCAAUUGGCAUCACCAGCACCCGCCUAUUCUCAACCUCACCCGCGCCGCAGAGCUCCGACCCGAAACAGAAACCCGCGACGACGAAACCCCACACCAUUGAUCCACGAUGGCUGACCAUGAUGAAGAGGAGGGUAGGGCGGUGUAUGAUGUUUGGACUGAAGCCGACACAGAUCGACGAGGCAGGGGGCAUACUGCAGCAGCUUGCGAGGGAUUGGCGCGAGCUGGUUGCGGGGAGUGAGGGUUAUCUGACCAACGAGACGAGGAGGGGGUUGUUUCGUCAUAAUGUGGUUUGGGGAGAGAUGGAUACUAUGGGGCAUGUCAACAAUGUGACGUACGUGCGAUACGCCGAAACCGCCAGAGUGAACCUCACACGCAACAUCGGCAUACACAUAGACCCAGCCAACAGGAAACGAUGGAGUAAUCUUCUCAAUUCGACCGGCAUUGGCCUGAUUCUGCGGAGCAUCAAGGUCGAUUACAAAUUCCCCAUGACGUACCCCGACAAGAUCUCCGUUUACCAUAAGCUUGUCCACGACCCGACUGCUGCUCCUUCUCAGUAUGCUUUUGAGCUUCAGGUGAUUAUCCUUUCCGAGGCGCGCCAACGGCCUGCUGCCCGGUGUCACGAGGACAUCGUCACAUAUGACUACAAAGGGAAAAAGAAGACGGCGCUGCCGCCAUAUGUGAUGGAGCAGUUCAAGGCCAUGUGGGAGCUCCAAGAAGAGGCCAAGAAGGUCUGGCAGCAGCGGAUUGUGGAUAUUGAAAACCAAGUUCGAACACUAGAGUUAGAGAGCUGGGAUCGCGCAGAUGCUGUUGAAGAUACAGGGUCUGCUAAGAAGUAGCAGAGUGAUAUACCCUCAGGUAAAUAACUAUACUAUCGGGUAUGUACUGUACAUGGAUGAUAUAAUACAAGUCAAUUGAAUUGGCUGAUCUUUGAUCUGUAUUUGAAACGCUCAUCUGACUAGGUCUGAUAGACGGACAACUCAAGUGGCUGUGCAUAUGCAUCUUCAUAUUGAUCCGAUCCCUCCUACAAAUAAAGAUGAAA